CAACGCCAGGAACAGAACUCCUCAAUCUACAUGUCUCGUCUCUUCGCCCGACCUUUUCUGUCUUCGUCUCCUUCACCGUAAAACCCAGAAUUUCAAACCCUCUCCCUCCGUUACUGGUUUACAGUACUGUGCUUUGUCAUCAGUCCACCAUCACAAGAAAUCCUCUAUCUCAGCAACUGCGUCGCAGCUGCUCCUGUUCUGCCACGCGCAAUAUCAGACACUGUCAUCCCCGGCUGGACUUCCGCCUUGCUUUGAUCUAAGCAAGCUGUCUAUUUGGCACAGUUUUGUGUCCGCUUAUUGGUCACUGUCGGCAUUGCGAACUCCCUCAGCAAGGUCUUGGUGGUAUUAUUUUUAUUUUAAUUAUCGUCAGAUGCCACUUUUUGUGCUGUGAUACCCGGAUUUCCAAGCAUGUCAUGGGCAAGUCUUUCUCGGAGAGGGCAUCUCUUUCCUUAUCUAAAACAAUUACGGUGCACCACUUAUCAGUCAAGGAGUGUAAUUGAUUUUCAUCAGUCAAGUUAUAACUUUAUUGGACAUGGUACUGAGUAUUGCCAGAAUUUCUAUAAUGAUGUUUGGGGCCUGACAAGAAGACAUGUAUCUAGCACUGGUUUAUUUAACAAUUCUUAUCGGUCUCAGCCUUUGGGCUCACAGUGUUUCUGGAAAUGUUCUUCUAUGCUUAAUGUUCGGCGCCAUUAUGCUUCUCAAGCUUCCACAGAAAAAAAAUCACAGAAAAUGCUUUUAUACCUCACUGCUCUGGUUUUUGCAAUGGUGGGAAGCAGUUAUGCUGCUGUCCCUUUGUACAGGAGAUUCUGCCAAGCUACUGGAUAUGGGGGAACCAUUCAGCGCAAGGAGAGUGUGGAAGAAAAGAUUGCUCGACAUGCGAAAGAUGGAACAAUCACAAAAAGGUGUGGGUUAAGCUCGUAUAAAUGCUUUCUUUGUUGAUUAUGAUAAUAGUAU